UUCCUUUCUCCCCCCCCACCCCCAUAGCCAAGGCGGAAGUGGCGUCUCUGAGGCGGCUGUCGCUUGAAGGGUUGUGAUGGCGUCAAGGUUACUGCGGGUUUCUGGAGCCUUGCGGGCUCUCCGGGUGGGCCCGGUUGCCCUGGGGAAAGGGCCGGGGCCUCUGGCGGCGGGCUCUCGGGAGGCCAGCACCGGGGGUAUGGCUACUGAUGAAGAACAGGCCACGGGGAUGGAGAGGAAAAUUUUGGAUACUAUAAAGAAAGGAGUGGAUCCUUAUGGAGUAUUUCCAUCCAAACCAUACGGGGGAACCAAAGAUGACCCCCACCUUGUCCCCUCCUUGACAAAUGUGAGGCUCGUGGGCUGUAUCUGCGAGGAAGAUGCCACGGAGACGUACUACGUUUGGCUUCACAAAGACAAAAUGGAGCGCUGCCCUUCGUGUGGCACCCAUUUCAAACUGGUUCCUUGCGAGUUGCCGUGAAAGUCUGCAAAACCCCGAAUUCUUAACUUUGGGGGUGGGUGGGGCACAGGCUUGAGCCCAAAAUCUGGAAUAAGUUAUGAAGUCCUGCAUUUUCUGCAGCUUAAUAAAAGUCUUUU